UUCAAUUAAGGUUUGGUCACGUAGCAUGGGUUUGACCAUACUGUGAACGAUGACAGCCUUAGGAAGAUGCAGGGGACACUACCGUAGCUUUGAUCCACGCUACAGAAACUUAUCAUCUCUGACCAAUAAUGCCAUACUUGCCGAACCAACCGAAGGAGACAGUGUUUGGGUGGAUUCAAAUGCAGCCCAUGCACCAAAUUUGCAAGAACACUUACAGGAAUGUGCACGACACAGAGGAGUCAUGGAAGGGAAGGCUUGCCAUGCCCAGACUCUUCAUUUUGGAUUACAAGAAGAUACUUUGGCAUCCAAUAUGCUCAUCAACGUGUAUUCAAAAUGUGGUCUGGUUGACUAUGCUCGUAAAAUAUUUGAUAGAAUGCCUCAAAGAAACUUAGUGUCAUGGAAUACCAUUGUUGGUUCUUAUACCCAAAAUGGGAAUAAAGAAGCGGCUCUCAAUCUUUUCAUUCAAAUGCAGAAAGAAGGAACCCAGUUCAGUGAGUUCACACUUUCAAGUGUGCUUUGCGCUUGUGCUGCCAAGUGUGCAGUGUUUGAGUGUAAACAAUUGCAUGGUUUUGCUCUUAAGACAUCAAUGGUCGCAAAUGUGUUUGUGAGUACUGCUUUGCUUGAUGUAUAUGCAAAAUGCAAUAUUGUUAAGGAUGCUAUUCUGGUGUUUGAGUGCAUGCCAGAGAGGAGUGUCGUCACUUGGAGUUCAAUGGUGGCGGGGUAUGUGCAAAAUGAACUUUUUGAGGAGGCAUUGCUAUUGUUUCGCAGAUCACAAGUAGGUGGAAUGGAACCUGACCAAUUUAUUAUUUCUUCUAUUCUCGCUGCUUGUGCAGCCUUGGCUGCUUUGAUUGAAGGAAAACAGGUACACGCAGUAGUGUAUAAAGCUGGUUUUCAAGCAAACCUUUUUGUGGUUUCCUCGCUUGUAGAUAUGUAUGCAAAAGGUGGAAGCAUUAGGGAGGCGUACUAUGUGUUUUCCAGGGCAGAAGAGAAGAAUAUAGUCUUAUGGAAUGCAAUGAUUUCUGGCUUUUCUAGACAUGUUCGAUCUAUAGAGGCGAUGAUAUCAUUUGAGAAAAUGCAGCAGAUUGGCAUGCGCCCAAAUGAAGUAACUUAUAUUUCUGUGUUAUCUGCUUGUGGACAUAUGGGUCUGGUAGGACGAGGGCGUAAAUAUUUCGAAAUUAUGAUGAAAGAGCAUAAUGUGUCACGUAACGUCUUUCACUAUUCAUGCAUGGUUGAUCUUCUAGGUCGGACGGGGCUGAUUCAUGAAGCUAAGAAUUUGAUGGACGAAAUGCCAUUUGAUGCCACAGCUUCUAUGUGGGGAUCGCUUUUGGCGUCCUGCAGGGUCCAUGGAAAUGUUGAGUUGGCUGAGAUUGCUGCCAAGCAUUUGUUUGAACUUGAACCUAAAAAUGCAGGAAACCAUGUCUUGCUUUCGAAUAUAUAUGCUGCAAAUAAAAAGUGGGAGGAAGUUGCACAGGCAAGAAAGCUUCUCAAAGGCAGUGAAGCAAAGAAGGAGAGGGGCAAGAGUUGGAUUGAAAUUAAGGAUGAGGUUCACGUAUUUAUGGUUGGUGAGAGAAGCCAUCCUAGAGUUACUGAGAUUUAUUCAAGAUUGGAGGAUUUUCUAGAAGAAAUGAAGAAGUUGGGUUACAAGGGUGAGACUGAUCAUGACCUACAUGAUGUGGAAGAGAACCGGAAACAGGAAUUGCUGAAGCAUCAUAGUGAGAAGCUCGCUCUUACUUUUGGGCUGAUGUGCUUGCCCUCUAGUGCACCUAUAAGGAUUAUGAAGAAUCUCAGAAUCUGUGGGGAUUGCCACUCUUUUAUGAAGCUUGCUUCAAGGAUUACGGGGAGGGAAAUCAUUGUUAGGGAUACCAAUCGGUUUCACCAUUUUAGUACUGGAUUUUGCUCCUGCAGGGAAUUCUGGUAAUAAGACUGCCGUGUGUCAUUGAUGGUUCUAUGUUUCAUUUUAUCUGCUGCCUUGGAUUAGUUCUCCUUUCAUGGAAAAAAUGUUUACCGAGAUAGAUUGCAUCAAGCCAAUGUAAGAAAACCAGAGAUUAAUCCUGGUCGUUUGCAUAGACUUCGUAAAUACGAGAUUGAACCAUGAUUUACUAAGAGCAUGCCAAAGUGACAAAGCUGCCAAUGCUCAGCACAUGUAAAAGAUGAAGGUGGUUAUUAGAUUGGUUGCUGUAUAGGAGCAACUGGUAGCAGCUCAUACCUGGUGAUCGUUCUAGUUGUAAUUUAUCUGGAGCAAGUAAUGGAGCCUAAUUACAAAACAUGGAUAUGAACACAAGGUACAUAUACAACACGACAUGGACAUGCGGGCAUGACAUUUUUCAAGAAAGUAUGACACAUAGACUUUGCGCAUAUUAUAGUGAACUAAAUUUAUCAUGUGAUUUAUUGAGCUUGUAGUUGGGAGAGAAUGAGGCUGCUUAUUAAUGCAUUUGAUUUGCAGGUGGAUUGGUAUAAGCUAGUGUAGGGUAAUAUUAUCCACUACUUGGCUCGUUUUUUUCAUGCUGAAGACUGGUAUUUUUUGUUUGAUUUUU